AUGGCUUCCACUCUUCAGCCCGUAGGCUUCAAGGCCAUGUUGAACGACGUCCACGAUGUUUGGCAGCAAAUUCGCAUACCUGUGAUCUUGUUCACGGCCUUUGGACUCUUGAUUCUGCGCUUCUACCUCCAUUCUAUCGAAGAGAAGAGCGAAUUGAAGGCCCUGCCCAAAGCCUACAAUAGAGAGAAGCCCGAGACGAAGCCUGUGGAGGAGACGAAGAAAAAGGAUGUCAAACCAAGCCCCCCGAGCCCUACUGUCGAGUCGAAAGCGCCAAAGUCGAACGGACCCAAAAGGAUAAAAGGCGGAAUCGUCAAGCGAACUUCUUCUAACGACGCAAAGGGAGAGGCUCUGGUCCGCAAGGUCAGGCCUCUGGUCUUCUUUUCAAGCAUCACCGCAAACACGCCCAAGAUCGCAAAGGGGUAUGCAGAGGGUCUGGAGAAGGAGCUGCAAAAGGUCGCUGCGGAGACCGACUGCUCGUUCAUGGCUCCUGAGGUGCUGGAUCUUGCCGAGGUCGACUUUGACGACUAUUUCAUCACCCCGCCCAAGUCGGAAGAGGACCCCGCGGAUCUCUUUUACCUGUUCCUCCUGCCAAGCUACAACAUCGACACCAUCAACGACACCUUCUUGGAGCACCUUCAGGAGACCCACCACGACUUCCGUAUCGACACCGCGCCGUUGUCCUCGCUGCUCGGAUACUCCGUCUUUGGCUUUGGUGAUAGGGAGGGCUGGCCGACGGAAGAGGAUGGAUUCUGUUUCCAGGCCAAGCAGGUCGAUAAGUGGAUGGCGAAGCUGACGGGCCGGAAGAGAGCCUUCCCUGUCGGAAUGGGCGACACGAAGAGAGACUACACUGAGCGCUUGUCUGAAUGGUCCGAGGGCGUCGUCGAUGUUCUCGGCAUGCUGGCUAAGACUGGCAGCCUGGGAGAAGGACUCCCAGGAAGCGGUGCCCCUGAGGAAAGUGACGAUGAGUCUGCAGCUGAAGACGACGACGAGGUGUUGAUCGAGGAUUCCGAAGUGAAGCCCGAGAAGCUCAAGAGCCGCAAGAACAUUGAUGACGUCGAAGACCUAGGGCGCAUCAUGAAGAGCUCCAACCCCGACGCAGCCACAAACGGCCGCGCAGCUAAAUCGGCAACGGCAACGGCUGGAGCAGCGGCGCCUAUAGCCGUGGACUUUACAACAUACGGCAAGACGGUCGCGAAGAAGACCCCUCUUAACGCCGCCAAGGAGAUGGUCCCCAAGAAUUCGCCCACGUACGCCUCGCUCACGAAGCAGGGCUACUCAAUCGUCGGCUCGCACUCGGGCGUCAAGAUCUGCCGUUGGACGAAAUCAGCCCUCCGCGGCCGCGGCUCCUGCUACAAGUACUCCUUUUACGGCAUCAACUCCCACCAGUGUAUGGAGACGACCCCGUCGCUCUCGUGCUCCAACAAGUGCGUCUUCUGCUGGCGCCACGGCACCAACCCCGUCGGCACGACCUGGCGCUGGGUCGUCGACCCGCCCGAGCUCAUCUUUGAUGGCGUCAAGGCGAACCACUACAACAAGAUCAAGAUGCUCCGCGGCGUACCCGGUGUCCGCGCCGAGCGCUUCGCCGAGGCCAUGCGCAUCCGGCACUGCGCCCUCUCCCUCGUCGGCGAGCCCAUCUUCUACCCUUACAUCAACGAGUUCCUCGGUAUGCUCCACGCCGAGCGCAUCUCCUCCUUCUUGGUCUGCAAUGCCCAGCACCCGGACCAGCUCGCCGCCCUAAAGGCUGUGACGCAGCUGUACGUCUCCAUCGACGCGUCCAACAAGGAGUCCCUCCGAAAGAUCGACCGCCCCCUGCACCGAGACUUUUGGGAGCGCUUCCAGCGGUGUCUCGACAUCCUCAGAGAGAAGCGCUUCAAGCACCGCACCGUCUUCCGCCUGACCCUGGUCAAGGGCUUCAACGUCGACGACGAGGUCGAGGGCUACGCGCAGCUUGUGGAGAAGGGCCUCCCUUGCUUCGUCGAGAUCAAGGGCGUCACCUAUUGCGGCACCUCGACAGCGUCCAACGCCGGCCUGAGCAUGUCCAACGUCCCCUUUUACUGGGAAGUCCAAGAGUUCGUCACGGCGCUGGAGAAGAGGCUCAACGAAAAGGGGCUCAAGUACGGCAUCGCCGCAGAGCACGCCCACAGCUGCUGCGUCCUGCUCGCGAGCGAUCGGUUCUACAAAGAUGGCAAGUGGCACCCGCGCAUUGACUACCAGCGCUUCUUUGAGCUGCUGGAGGAGCGGGGCGCCGACGGAGACUGGAAGCCCGAGGAUUACAUGGGCGAGGCGACGCCCGAGUGGGCUACCUGGGGCAAAGGCGGUUUCGACCCCAGAGAUGACAGAGUCGACAGGAAGGGCAGGAAAAUCGAGGCCUAG